CUUGUACCUGGGCCGGUUUUUUUUCCAUUAAUGACAGCACCGCGCUCUCAAUAAAACCGGCCAGUCCCACGCUCCCCUCCUCUCCGCAUCCAUCAGAGAAGAGAGAGGUAGAGAAGAGAGAGCAGAGCUAAGCUAGCUCAGAGUGAGUAGCGUGUUGAGCUUGCUGAAGGGAGCGGCAAUGUCGAAGGAGGUGAGCGAGGAGCCGGAGCACGUGCGGCCCAAGGACUACACCGACCCGCCGCCGGCGCCGCUGUUCGACGUCGGCGAGCUCCGGCUGUGGUCCUUCUACCGGGCGCUCAUUGCGGAGUUCAUCGCCACGCUCCUGUUCCUAUACAUCACCGUCGCCACCGUCAUUGGGUACAAGGUGCAGUCGUCCGCCGACCAGUGCGGCGGCGUCGGCACCCUCGGCAUCGCCUGGGCCUUCGGUGGCAUGAUCUUCAUCCUCGUCUACUGCACCGCCGGCAUCUCCGGAGGGCACAUUAACCCCGCGGUGACGUUCGGGCUGCUGCUGGCGAGGAAGGUGUCGGUGAUUCGCGCGGUGAUGUACAUCGUGGCGCAGUGCCUGGGCGGCAUCGUGGGCGUGGGCAUCGUGAAGGGCAUCAUGAAGCACCAGUACAACGCCAACGGCGGCGGCGCCAACAUGGUGGCCAGCGGCUACUCCACCGGCACCGCCCUCGGCGCCGAAAUCAUCGGCACCUUCGUCCUCGUCUACACCGUCUUCUCCGCCACCGACCCAAAGCGCAAUGCCCGCGACUCCCACGUCCCGGUGCUCGCGCCGCUGCCCAUCGGGUUCGCCGUGUUCAUGGUGCACCUGGCCACCAUCCCCAUCACCGGCACGGGCAUCAACCCUGCCCGGAGCAUCGGCGCCGCCGUCAUCUACAACCAGAAGAAGGCAUGGGACGACCACUGGAUCUUCUGGGCGGGGCCGUUCAUCGGAGCGCUGGCGGCGGCGGCGUAUCACCAGUACAUCCUCCGGGCGGCAGCCAUCAAGGCGCUGGGCUCCUUCCGGAGCAACCCCAGCAACUGAGCUUAGAUGGCCAUGGCUGCUCUGCUGCUGCUGGCCUGGUUGGACUUGGUCAUAUCGUUUGCAUGUGAGGGAGUGUGUGUGAGAGAGGGUGGGGGGUGCCAGUCAGCCAGGUGCAUGAUUUGUUGUUUCCAGCUUAAAUUAUCAUCACCGUUACUGUUGUUAAUCAAACCGGUGGGAUUUGUUGUAUGUAUGUAUGUACUACCUUGAUUAAUUUAGUUUCGCUUGUUUGUGUAACCGGUGUUAGUAAUUAUUAGAGAUACAAACUGCUUCGGCUUUUUAAGUUCAGUCGACCACCCUUGUAAAACCGCUGUAAGAACUUCCACCACCAAUUGCCAUCUGCUUUUGUUGCUGUUGGAUUGCAGUUUUC